CUCGGUGUUACGUGGAGCAUUAAAAUUUAACAAAAUAUACAGACCAUCAAUGAGUAAUAGAACUUGUUAUUGAUCUUUUUAGCUGACAGACGGACUGAUACAAAGAUACGAACGAAGAUACAAUGGAGAAGAACCUUCUUAACUUCGUUAUCAUCACAAUCAUAUUUGCUUUGAGUGUCGUGGCAAGUAAAGGCAAUUCUAAUGUUCCUAACAAUAAUGACGAACUAUCGAAACUUGAAAAUCCUCUCAUAUCAAGACUUUUGAAGAACGACGUGGACGCCAAAUUAGAAUCGAACAGUACUGACGAAUACACAAACUUUGGCGGCCACGAUCUACAUGAACAAAAGAAGAGAUUACGAAUUCCUGACGGCGCAAGGUUCAGACCGUUGCCAAUUUGUAGACCUUACGUACCGUUCCUUUCGACGUUCCAGUGCUGUGAGCGAGGAUUCACUCAUGUCGAUUUAACAAACAAUGCUCCUUGUAAUGGAAUCAAUACCGCAGCAGGUGUCGAAAUCCUUCAACAGCCAACAGCACAGACAAGCUUAACUGGGGACUGCAACAAAAGAGCACUUCUUAAGAUAAACUUUGAGAAGUUUACAAAGGAGCCAUGUGACUACUGCUUAAGAAGACCUCUAUGUGGUAGACGUAUGUUGAAAAUAGAUCUGACACUGAGUUCUGGUACACGAUCAGGUUGGGGGUUUAAUAUAGGAGACAGCAAAACAAACGAUGGAUACAAGGGUGAUGCAAACACACAGAUAAAUGACGCAGAGGCUGAAGGCGUUUUUCCUGCAGUUCGACUUUAUCACAGCGAUAGAUGCAAUUCGGUAGGUUCAUUCAAAACCUUUGCGGACGCUAUUGGACCAAAUGUCAAUGUCAUGACCAUUUACGUCAGCAAUCAACACAUUCGAAUCAUGAACGACCAAGGGUUUGAUGAAUAUGUAUGUGACAACUGUCUGUAUGCUCUGAAUGGUCAGGCAGACAGUCAAGGAAUCAACGAGGACAUAUACAUUGGUUUGAAUCGUGUGAUAACAGGUCGAUCAGACAGAAACGGACAAGGUGUUUGUUCAGCGACGCUGACAUGGAUUUGUCCUCGAUGGUAGAUGGCGGCGUAUAUUUAUUUAAAUUUUAAUACAGAAUAAAUACAACAUGUACUUGAAAAUACUUAUUUAUAUUCCCUUUAUUUACUAAUAUAACAAUUUCUUUUGAUACAGUUCUAGACACAUUUUGUUGCAUUUUCCCAGUUAACUUGUAGCAUUUGAAACUGUAAGAGAAAGAUAAGAAAUAAAUAACAUUAUCAUGAUGCAGAAAUUCUUGGACACUUUUAUUACCCUAGAUUUACUUGUCAAAUACAAAAAUACCGUGGAUUGAAAUAUUUAUAAAAGUGUAAAUAAGAUAAUCCACAAUAUCUGUAGUAAUAUUAUGUAUCAGCGGUUUGAAUCGAGUCAACAAUUUUGGUCGAUGCUACAUUAAAACAUUUCGAUUAGAAAUGUCGUAUACGAGAAUCAAAUACAGGUGCACAGCCAGACGUGAUGGCUAC